UCUGAUCCAGAAAUUUAUGGACCAUUUCAUUUUAAAUUUAAUGUAUCUAAAUAUAUCGAUUUAGAAAACUAUAAUAUAGCAGAAACACUCAAAAAAGCAAAAAAAAUAAUAGAAGAUAUUAUUGAUAAUGAUAUGUCAAAAGAUGAAGUUAUUGUAAAACAUGCUGAAAAUAAUCCACAAUGGCUUAUAAAUAAUUCUCAAAAUAUUUACUUAAUUAGAAAAGCU